CAUAAGACAUUUGGGGAACCGCCUUUUGUAUGAAUAUAUGCAAAAAAUAACAAAACAUUUAUUCCAUUGCUUACAAACCGCAACCAAGUCAGAACAAAAACAAAACAAAUAUAGCGUAAGCUACCACGCGCUUCGCCAUUGUUGCCGUUAAAGACAUUUUUGCCCAGGCAAAUUGAGCGCGUAAAACAACGGCGUGCAAGCGGAAGAACUGUCCUUAUUCGAUAGAUUGUGACAAAAUAUGACUGCUGCACAGCUGGCACAACAACAUAACUCAACAUACGCAAGUCUUGUAACCGACACGGAAGUCGCAGCCACGAUUAUGGCCCCCAUACAGCAAACGGGUAAUUUAAAUUCCACAUUUACGACAGCGUUCUAUAGCAGUGGAGCUACGCCGACAUCGACAUCGAUACCGACUACAGCGAUAGCAGCUUUCUACCCGCGUGAUGAUGUUGGCGGCAGUAGCGGUGAUGAUGCUUUGGAGUGGAGCGACAGCGCUGCAACAAUUGCUGGCAGUUAUAGUGGCCUAAGUGCGGCUAUGUUAGCGGCUAUAGAUAGCACGAAUGACUACAAUGACACACAAUUGUUCGAUCAGAACUCGAGCGAUUAUUAUGACUAUCUGCCGCCCUGUGAAUCCUUCGAUAUAGUCUCCAACUGGUCAUAUUGGAAUGUGACUUGUGAUAACCCGCUGGAAUAUGGCAUGCCUUUAUAUGGGUAUUUUAUGCCCUUUCUGUUGAUCAUUACGGUUGCUGCGAAUUCGCUGAUAGUGUUGGUAUUGAGCAAGAAACAUUUGGCGACGCCAACGAAUUUCGUGCUAAUGGCCAUGGCGAUAUGUGAUAUGCUGACGGUGAUAUUUCCGGCGCCAGGACUUUGGUAUAUGUACACAUUCGGUAAUCACUACAAGCCGCUGCAUCCGGUGUCAAUGUGUUUGGCGUAUUCUAUAUUUAAUGAGCUUAUGCCAGCUGUAUGUCACACGGCGUCCAUUUGGCUGACCUUGGCGCUGGCUGUACAAAG